AUGAGCGAUAGUGGUAGUCGAUCGCCUCGAGCUACAGUUCGAAAGAUCCUCUCAUUGGAGAAGGAACAAGCAGAAGUUGAAAUUCCGAAUGAACUAUGCGAUUUAAGAGAUCUUAGUUUAGACGAAGCCAAUAGUCCUCGUGGCAGGAAACACGAUCCUCCAAAUUUGAGAGAACCGCACGAGCGGACUUUGACUGACAAAGGCAGAGCCUAUCAAUUGGAAAUUCGCGCUUUAAAGAAACAAGAAGUGGAAAACAAAUUGUGUAAACAUGUUGGAAGAAUUUACUCAUUGCUCGACUCCCACCCGGGUACCGAAGAAUUAGAAAAGGAAAGACAAAUCCUGGAUGUAAUUAAAGAGGAGCUUAACCAGGCAUACCGAUCUUAUGACGAGUUACUUGAUGAUGAAAGCGCUAAAGGUGCCGCUUACCGAUAUUUCGAUUUGUGCGAUCGGGAGUUUAUCGAAUGUCGAGUGCGGCUAUCCGAAAUCCUUCGUUCAGUCGAACAACGAGAACAUGAAAAAUUCGAAUCUAAUAGGCAAGAAACUGAAUCAAGCCGUUCUGGAAGGUCAAGGGUUUCAGGUUCUUCAAGAUCUUCUAGGUCGUCGGUCAUGUCAAAGAGAGUAGAGGCGGCGACCAGAGCAGCGAAGUUAAAGGUCGAAAUGAAGUACCUGGAUCAGGAAACCAAUUUAAGAAGAAUUCAGCUGGAAAGGGAGAUCGCCUUAGCAGAUGCUGAAGAAGAAGCUAUCAAAUUGGUUAUGAACGAAGAAGUGAAAAAUGGCAUAGUUCGCGAAGAUAUGAAAUCUGAUGAGAGAUUCGAACGAAAUUUCCGCGAAGCUAAAUUCGAUGUCGGAAAAACUGUCAUAAAACACGAACCUUCAUUGUUGAGACCGGAAGCACUUCCUUUCGCGCCGUUGACGCCGCCAAUAAGACCAGCCGCUAGUCGAGUAAACAAUUUCGCUCCAAAGCGAGACGAGCCGACAACACAUCAAGAAGCGACUCUUAAACAAAUAGUCAGUCUCCAAGCGAAACAAGCGGAAUUAAGCGCUCUAAUUGUCAACCAGCAAAGAGCUAGUACGCUUCCUUCUCAAGAACCGCCUGUCUUUAAAGGAAGUUAUUUCGAUUACCCGACAUUCAUAGCUGCCUUCGAUGCCAUGAUAGAGAAGAAAGUUGACUCAGAAAAGGAUAAACUGUAUUUUUUGAGCAAGUAUACUUCCGGCAAAGCCCACGAAGUCGUAAAAGGUUUCUUGACCUGGGAUUCUGACCAAGGUUAUGAAGAAGCUCGUAAGCUCUUGGCUCAGCGCUUCGGCAACCCAUUUCGAGUAGCGGAAGCUUAUAAGGCUAAAUUGCGAAAUUGGCCGCAGAUCGUCGAAGGAGAUAGCUCCGGUCUUCAAGAUCUCUCUGAUUUUCUUGUCCGUUGUGAAGGAGCCAUGCAGUCCAUGAAGUACAUGGAAGAUCUAAAUUCAACAAGGUUACUACAGGAAGUAAGCACAAAACUACCCUUCAAGUCAGGCUCCAGGUGGUGUCGCCAAGCACGUGAUGUCCUGAAGAAAACGGAGAGAACGGUAUCCUUCCACGAUCUAGUAGAAUUUGUCAGAGAAGAAGCAGAUCUCGCAAAUGAUCCGGUUUUUUCUCCCGAAGCGUUGAAAAGUAAAAAAAACAAGGCGCCUGACAGAAGCCGAAUAAUGAGAAGUCAGGGAGCAAACAGUUUUGCAUCGUUUUCCUCUCGUACCCCGCCUAGGGAGAGCAGAGGAAGGCCUAAUGCAGAGCAAGAGCCGAAACAGCAAAGUUCGUGCGUCUUCUGCGGCGGUAACCACCCACCUCACAAGUGCGGAGAACUAAGCAGGAAGAGCAUUGACGAGCGCCUGGCACUGGUUAGAUCGAAAGGCCUCUGCUUUGGAUGCCUGAAAAGGGGUCAUCAAUCGAAGAACUGUCGAGCUAGGUUAAAUUGCGAGAAAUGCGGUAGGCAGCAUCCGACUCCACUUCAUGACCCUACGUAUAAAGAAGGAUCUAGCAACCAGAAUACUCCUGAAUCAUAUCGGCCCGAUCCGGUCCAAAGUCAUCAAGUAAGUGCAGAGGUCGCGAACGACGACAGUACAAUCUCCAACCCCAAUGUCGGUGUGUGUAGCGCUGUGAGUGGGCAAGGCAUUGUAACGAACUCUUUAAUCAUCCCAGUCUAUGUGUUUCGUAAGAGUCACCCCGAACUUAAAGUCAAGGUUUAUGCGUUAUUGGAUGACGCUAGUGACACGACGUUUAUCAAAACGGACGUGAAAGAUAAGCUUGGAAUCCCUGGAGUUAAUUCGAAACUUAUCCUCAGUACCAUGCUUGGAAUUGAAGAAAUCAACGUUUGCAGAGUGGAUGGGCUGGUAGUUGAGAGGAUAGACCAGCGCGUUCAAGUCGAGCUACCCAGGACGUACUCCAGAGACCAGAUACCAUCAAGAAGAGACCAGAUUCCUAGUCCUGAAGUUGCAGCUGUGUGGCCACAUCUCCAAAAGAUCAAAGACA